AUGGGGCCGACAGCUGGCCGCGUCGUCUGUGUGUUGCUGAUCUUGACGAUUGUUCCGGCUUCUGCAUUCAUGUGCUCUCCUGAGAUCUGUCAGAGGUGCUGCAAGCCAGUGCAAACCGGGUGUGAACCAGCAUUUUUGCAGACGCAACAGGGCUUUUUGGUCUCAGAUCACACGUACUGUCUGGAGUGCAGCUGUGACAAUCCCAAAAGCGGUUGUGGCUGGCUGGCAUACGGCGCGGGGAGGAUUCAAUGCACGUCCUGCCAGUUCUUGAGAGUAGUAACUAAGCGCCUACCAGGGGCCCAAGUGUCGGGUUGCGAGGGCUUUGCUCUGGAUGGAGAAGUAGUAUACAUCAGCCGCUCAAGACUUGCUGCAGGAUCGCCUCAGCUCAACUCCGGCCCCAUGUUCUGGCGUUUGGAGUUUCAGGCUAUUGGAGAAUCAUUCAUGGGAGGGACCCAAUCUAAGUUUUUGUUGGCCAUGCCAUUUUAG